GCAUCUUCAGUGUCCAAUCGACCGGCUCCGCAGUAAGAUCGCGCACAAGAAAACCCACCAAGUUCCAACGCGUGCGUCCAUUCUGUGCAUAACAAUUGAAGCUCAUCGCGAAGAUCAAUCGUGUAUGUGCGCGCGUCUGUGAUAAAGGCACGUGAAGUGAGGUAAAGUGAAACAAAAGAAAUUUAAAAAAAAAAAAAAGGUGAAAGAGCCACGAAAUGAUGCGAGUUACAAUCUUAUGCUGUGCAGUGGUCCUAACUGUGUUACUGGUGCAAACUAGCGAAGCAUUACCGGCAUAUCAGGUUCUACCGCCACGAGAAGGCUAUGUUCCGGUGUAUAUUCGCUACGGUGAGACGCCACUCGAUGAGAUUAAUCCCAGUUUAGCGGCUGCUUUUCAUGAAUAUGGAAUCAGUGCACGGAAGAUUAAGUCUGGAUUGGAUGAUCAAAUGAUGGGAGAUCAACCACAAACCAACUCAAAUACAAGCGAAGAGUCAAAUGAUACGUCCGAGGAGAAGCAACCCACCAAGCCAUCGAGUACGGUAGAACCUACCGCUGCUGAGGUUGUGGAUGAGGUCAAACCUCAAGCUUUGGAUGCUGCAGAAGAGGCGAAAGUUUAACUUAUUUCACAGUGAGAGACAGAGAGUUGUGUAAUGCAGGGAAAUUAUAGAGUUUUAGUCCAAAUUUAUAGAGAGCACAAUAUUCUCCGUAAUUGAAUCUCAUGCACUACGUAAAAAAAAUACUUUAAUGACUGUAGUUUACAAAAUCUUUUUUUUUACACAUAAAUUACAGAAUAAAUGAAAAAAAAAUA